GCCAACUGCUGCUAUGACUGUCUGCAUAUGUGAUAUGCUACCAGGGGGAAUGACUGAAGGCCUGAGCAUCUGUUCGUGUGUGUGUGUGUGUGUGUGUGUGUGUGUGCGCAGUAGCUGUUUGUUGCUCCCCCUGUCGGUCGGUGUGGUCACGCACACACAGUUACGUCACUAUCACCAUCCUCCUCCUCCUCCUCAUCACCAGCACCGAGCCUCUGGUCUGUUUACAGGGUCACUCCGCUAAACGGAGAAGCCAUUUCUUGCUGUAGUGGACGGUGGAUCUGCAGCCCUGUAUACUAAACAGGAGAACGAGCUUUUCAUCAUGAACUGCGACAUAGAUGGAGACAUGGAGAACCAGGUGGAGAUGGAGGAGAAGACCAGGUUAAUAAAUCAAGUUUUGGAACUUCAGCACACACUGGAAGACCUGUCAGCGCGGGUCGACGCAGUCAAGGAGGAGAACCUGAAGCUAAAGUCCGAGAACCAGGUCCUCGGUCAGUACAUCGAGAACCUCAUGUCCGCCUCCAGCGUCUUCCAGACCACUGACACCAAGAGCAAACGGAAGUGAGGUACCCCACACCACCACCAACCCCUCAACAAAAAAAAAAAAAAAGGUCCCAGCCAAGCAGCUGGGAGAGGGAACCCACCAUCGAGACAUGGAGAGGGGUUUGUUUUCUCAGCAGACCUGGGCGUUGUUUUUAAUUUUUUCUUCUUCCUGUAACUGAGCUCACUUUCCUGAGUCAAAAAAGUAACAGUUCAAAAAAAAAAAUAAUCAUAAACUGACUUUGUCCCGCUGUCCGCUAGUCUGGCCCAGGUCUGUCUUGCAGCAGCUUCCUCUCCACACUACAGACGAGGUAGACGUCACCCUUUAAUCACAAAUACAAAACACACAGCCAGACCACGUACGUGACGUGGUCCAGGGUCAUUUGUACCUUGAGUUUCUUCUUAAUGCUCUGUGUCAAAGUAGGAUCUGUAAAAUAAUUCUUAGCCUCGCUUCACCUGCUUGGUUUUCUGUUUUGAGGACAAUUGAGAUUUUUUUUCUUCCGUGUUCCUGUCUCAAACUGACCUGUAAGUAGGUGAAGACCAACCGUAAAUAUUACAACUACUGUCCGAUCUUGAACCUCAUUUCAGCAUUGUUUUAUAUUAAUAUUUAUUUUUUGUAUAUAAUUUUGUACGUCGGCCUGAUCUGAGUUUCUCGGUAGGUCUCGGAUGUCAUCGUGUCUAUACGAAUCAUGACUAUUCCUCCUCUUUUUUCUUUUUUUUUUUUAAAGUCUGACAAACUUGAGCAGUAUUACUGAGAAUGAAAACGGCAUUUGCAUCGCAUGUAUGAGUUCUUUUAAAGUUAAGUAUAUCUAAUGAAAUGCCUUUUUAAAUCAAUAAUCGCUAAAUAACCGACUGUAUAAAGCUAGCGAGAACUUUCUACCAAUAGAAGGUGGAUACUAAGGUACCAUUGAGAGCUUAGCAACAAUGCAAGUGAAAGCACAGAGCCACUAAGAGUUGUGUAAAACUCCAUAAAAAGUGUAUGUCUUAACUAACAUCAGUGAUGUUUUUAUUGCUAAUUUCAAUGACACAAGGUGUACGUCGCUUGCUUGAGAGUAUUUGUAACCCUUUCAGUUUGUCACGUCACGAAUGAGUGUCGGUGUUGUGGCCCAAACUGUAAUAUAAGAGUGACAAAGGAAAUGGUAGGGUCAUAAAUGCAGCUGGGCUCGCUCUCUUCCCCCCCCCACAUUAUUACAUUGUGUCCUUAUUCUGUAAUGUCCAUGGGGGGAGGAGACUGAAUGGGUGAGAUGAGGAGGGAAGAAAGGGAAAGAAGAAAAUGGCCUUUAACUGCAAGCAGUAAAGAGGCCUUGAGUGCUAUUGAUCCACUCAGCCAGGCCUGGAAUACAUCACCUGCUAGAGGAGGGGUUUGACCGUAAAAUGGGCUGGUGUUGUCAGUGUACAGCAGAGUGGAGGGUGUGUCCUCCAAGACUGCUGCUGCCACAGAUAAAA